UUUGAUAAUAAUUUUUUUCAUAAAGCGAGAUGCACUAUUUAUCAACCAAGAAGGAAAAUUGUUUCAGUGUGUUGUCAACAAGACUGGCGCAGUAUCAAGUGAAAAAUACUAUCAAAACAUUGCUUUUGAUAAACGCACUGGUGAAGGCGACUCAUUGAAUUAUACAGUUCCGGUAAUUCGAUUGAUUCACUCAUCUACAAGUAAGACCCAUGUGAGUCGCGCGGUAUCCUAUUUUAUUUGACUGCAGUGUUCGUUUCAUCAACAAGGAAGGAAAAUAAGUUUUAGAGCACAAUUAUUGAGGAAAGUAAGCAUGGUGGACAAAAAUGAUAUCACGGCAAUAACCGCUUCUAAAAAACAGCAAAACAGUCCGCAUGUGAAUGUAGCAUACAGGCCCGGAACGUCAUCAGAUGUGGAUCUUGCUGAAGGGGACACACCAAAUGUGUAUGAGAGCUUAAUGAUUUCUCAUCCAGCCGAAAAUACUACUGAUCCACACAGAAAGAGCAUAAAACCACUGAAGACAAAAGUAAAGAAGGGAUUACUCAUAACACUAAUAGGGAUACUCUGUGUUGCACUGGUAAUUACUUUGUCGAUUGUGUUUGCGCGUGAGGGAUAUUGUGACAAACUUACUCAGCAUUUAGACCAUUUGAUCUCAGCAGAAAAUGGUUUGAAAGCAAGAGAUCCAUGUCGCAGCCAGCCCUGUCAGAAUGGUGCAGAAUGCAAGAAUCAAUCUGAAACAUAUUUGUGCAGCUGUCCAUCCGGUUAUACUGGUAGAAAUUGUGAAACAGUAACCAACCAUUGCCUAAGCUUACCUUGCAAAAACGGCGCCUCGUGUGAGAGCUUGAUGGGUUCUGUUCGAUGUUCUUGCACUUCCGAUUUCCGUGGACCAAGGUGCGAAGACGAUAUAAAUGAAUGCUUGAACAACCCAUGUGCAAAGGGCGCCACCUGCAGAAACAAUUAUGGAGGUUUUCACUGCAGUUGCCCACCUGGUUUCACGGGAACUUUUUGCCAGCUAGAGAUCAGUGAAUGCUCCAGUCGUCCUUGUCAGAAUGGUGGGACAUGUGUUGACAUGGUGAAUUCUUAUCAAUGUUUGUGCUCUGCCGGGUACUAUGAGUCAAACUGCCAAACAAGAAAUCCAUGUCGCAGUCAGCCCUGUCAGAAUGGUGCAGAAUGCAAGAAUCAAUCUGAAACAUAUUUGUGCAGCUGUCCAUCCGGUUAUACUGGUAGAAAUUGUGAAACAGAAUCGUGCUCUACGUUGAGCUACGAGGUGUUGGACCAAGCGUGGAGGAGCUUGAAUUUUACGGUAGUCGAUGGUGAGGAACACUGCGACAAGGUCGGCUGGGUCACGCAGUGGUAUCGAUUUUCAGGGGCAGCCGGCAUCAAAAUGCCAAACUGGUGCGUGCCUACUCAUCACUGCGGAACCCACGCCCCAGUGUGGAUAAACGGCUCUAACCCUGUCCCGGAAGAUUUUGCUGUCGACCGUCAAGCAUGCGCAAACUGGGGGAGCGAUUGCUGCAAUUGGUCUUUGGAUGUUAAAGUGCGGAACUGCGUGGAUUAUUUCCUGUAUUAUCUACCACCAAUUACUAAGUGUCACCUUGCUUAUUGUGGCGAAGGGUGAGGGUUUUACCAUGUUAAACUGACUCACAUCAAAUAGAAACGAUUGUGUCCCCAUGCCUCUCAAAUCUUUAUUGAAAAAAAAAAAAUACCAAUGGUCCCCUCUUGAGAUUAGAAUGUUCACUAGCUGAUCAUAGUUCUAUUCCGUACCAAAUGGCACCGUUUGUCCUCAAAAUUAAGGGGCGGGGUUUGGUCGACUUCGCCUCCGCGGUCCCCCCUUCCAGUAAUUCUGGAUCUUCCCAUGGUUUGUAUGUAGAAUUAUUACUAUGCAAAAGUUUGUUGCAAUAUAGGGCAAGGUAAUGUUCAUUUUUCCUUUGUCAUCCUAUGGUCACGUCAAACUUUUGAUUCACUUGUAAGCACACUAUGUCAACAGUAUAAACUCAGGUUAGUAAUGAAGCUACCAGUAGAGGAAUUAUCUGUUGGGAAUUUUCAAUGUUUAUUUGUUGUGAUAAAAUGAGGAAAUUGUCGUCAGCCCUAACAUGCUUUUUUAUAGGCCGAUAUGUGUGUGUGUGUGUGUGUGCGCGCGCGCGCGUGAAGUCAUAUUUUCUUUCCUUUUCUUAAUUCCAUUCCGGAAACAUACCGACAUCAGUAACUAACAAAGAGGCACUCUUUAUGUGCAUGUUUCUAGUUUUAUUCAAAACAAAGAUUCUGUACAUUGUAAGCCUCUAGGUUUCAUGUAUAUUUAAAGUGACUUCAUCUGUGACAAAACGAAAACUGGAAUAAUUGACAUUCAGAGACAAUGGUCAAGGUAGAAAGAAUAUCAUACAAAUAUGACGUCUGUACUAAGCUGAUCAAAUCUUUUUGCUACAAUAGCAAGAGACGACAUACUAAGGUGUACUCUAAGGUCAUGGUAUGACAUAGGGUAUGCAAUUACUUAUGAACAAAUAUGAAUAAAAAUAUAAAUAGAAUAAUGAUAUCAAAUAAGCCCACGAUUCAACAAUACAUUAAUUAUCAUGAAUGUAAAUCUGGAUAUAUAAACAGUGAAAGUAAGAUACUGCAACUUAUUCUAGUCCAGGUCUAC